UUCUUAAUGCAAAAGACAAAAGAAGAUAAAAAAAAAAGGUACUUAUAUAUCAGAUGUUCAAAAACCCUAAAUCGCGUUUCUUCUCUCAAAUCUUCCGCCGCCAUCAUUGAUCCAGGUAUUGCUCAAUCUCUGACUCUUCACGUAAUUCGUCACACUCUCCUUCUCGUUGAUCCAUUCGAAUUCUACACUCAAAUCGUGUUUAUAUACAUCAUAGUUUCAAGCAUUUUGAUUCUCUCUUGCGAAGUUUUUACGUUUCUUGCGAUUGAAUCUGUUUGCAGUUUCGUAAUCAAAAGUUGAAGAAUUUAGUUUAGUUUGGUUAUAUAGAUAAGUUUUGUAAUCACAAAAGUCGAUCUUUGUUACAGUUAUGGAUUCGAGUUACUCUGAUUCUCGUCCCAUGUUCGUGCAAUCACCUUAUGGUGGUUGGAAUCAAACCCAGAUGAUUGAUUCAAUGGCUAAUCCAACGAACAACGAGCAAGGAGACUUGCAUUCACUAUCUGAAUCACAGUCACAGUCACAAUCUCAACCGCCUCAGCAGUUACAGCCUGCAUUGAAAAGGCCAAGACUUGUUGAUGAUAACGUGUUUAAUCCGGCUUCAUCGUUUCCUCAGCCUUCGAGUAGUAAUCCUUGGAUGGUUCCGUCGUUAAACCCUCCUCCUGUGAACAAAGGGACGGCUAAUAUAUUCUAUAAGACUAGAAUGUGUGCGAAAUUCAGGGCCGGGACUUGUAGGAAUGGUGAACUCUGUAAUUUUGCUCAUGGGAUCGAGGAUUUGAGGCAGCCUCCGUCGAAUUGGCAGGAAAUUGUUGGACCUCCUCCUGGUCAAGAUAGGGAGAAGGAAAGGGAGAGGGAAAGGGAGAGGGAGAGGGAGAGACCGUCUUUGGCGCCUGUUGCGAAUAAUAAUUGGGAAGAUGAUCAAAAGAUAAUCUUGAGGAUGAAGCUUUGCAGGAAGUUUUGUUUUGGGGAAGAGUGUCCUUAUGGGGACAGGUGCAAUUUCAUUCAUGAGGAUCUGUCAAAGUUUCGUGAGGACUCGGGGAAAUUGAGAGAGAGCUCAGUUAUAAGUGUUGGUACUUCUGCUGCUGAUCCACCAUCUGAUACUGCCUCGAAUCAUAUUGAAGUUAAUAGACAAGGAAGCAUCCCGGUACCUGCACCUAUGAACAAUGGUGGUGUUGUCAAGACUGUGUACUGGAAGACGAGGUUGUGCAUGAAGUUUGACAUCACGGGUCAAUGCCCUUUUGGCGAUAAGUGUCACUUUGCUCAUGGCCAAACAGAGUUGCAUAACUCUGUUGGAAGGGUUGAUGGAGAAGCUGUGAACGCUACCGCGUCUGUGAGUAAACAAACCGUGGUACCUGCGAAUGAAGCAUUUGCGAUGAAACCAACUACACAAGUAACAGCAGAUUCUUCUGGUCUGAACGAAGAAGGGCGGCGAAAGAAGUGUCUGCUCAAGUGGAGCGACUCUAAGAAGAUUAACCGAAUCUAUGGAGACUGGAUCGAUGAUUUACCGGUGGGUCAAAAGUCGUCAAAGCCAGUAGAGAGCUGAGUUUUCUAGCCUGGUUCCAUUUGUCUUGUCUUUUGAUGAUCAAAAGUGAUAAAGCUUUGGUCGGAAAUUUUGAAGAGUAGAAACACUCUUUAUUUGAUUUCAUUAGCAAUUCUUUGAUUCGCUAUUAGCUUAGAAUUUCGCUUUUGUUGUAAUCUUUGAUUACAUAAAAAAUAGUGGCUUGGCUCACUAAUAGCAUCAUAUUCUUAAUUUGUUUACUUUGGCUUCUAAUUUUUUGGUUAAUAUAUGGAUAGGUUUCGUA